AUGUCUGACAGUCCCCCCGGCCCACUCGCUUUCGCACUCAAUCUUCUUCCCACCCACCCCACCACCCUCGCAACCACUCUCAUCACCCUCACCCUUCUCUACCUCAUUUACCAGCACGCCUACGGCACCGACAUCCCCUUCAUCCGCGGCAUCCCCGAAGCGCCGGGCGCCAUCGCCUUCUACGGACACCUCAAAGCGCUAGGCUCGGACCACCCCAGCACGCUGCAGAGAUGGUCGGUCGAGAACGCGUGGCCGGUGCUGCAAGCGCGGCUGGGACGGCGGCGGAUCCUCGUGCUAAACACGUUCGAGGCGGCGCAGCACUUUAUCCAGAAGAACGCGAGCGCGACGAUUGACAGGCCGGUGUUCUGGACCUUUCACUCGAUGGUGAGCGGGACGCAAGGCGCAACCAUCGGAACAUCCCCCUGGGACGCAUCCUGCAAGCGCAAGCGCACCGCCGUCGGAGCCUUCAUGACGCGGCCCGCCAUCCAGCGCAACGCCUCCCUCUACGACAUCGAGAUCCACGGCCUGGUCUCCGGCCUCCUCGCCGGCGCCCUCGACCCGUCAACAAACAAGCCGACGCGCGAGGUCGACCCGCGCAUCUACUUCCUGCGCGCCACGCUCAACUUCACGACCUUACUCUGCUACGCCUCGCGCUUCGACGACGUCGCCGACCCGCUGCUGCACGACAUCCUCGCCACGGCCCACACCGUCAGCACCUUCCGCAGCACCAACAACAACGUCCAAGACUACGUCCCCUUCUACCGCUACCUGCCCAACCCGCGGAGCAAGCUGGCAAAGGAGAUCACUGCCAAGCGCGACGUCUGGCUCGACGCGCUGCUGGACCGCGUCCGCAAGGCUGUGGCCGCCGGAAAGCCUGUUGAUUGCAUUGCUGAGGGUCUGCUUAAGGGUGCUGCCGAGGUCAAGUUGACCGAGGCCGAGAUCCGGUCUAUCAACGUCGGUCUCGUGUCCGGCGGCUUCGAAACGCUGGCGACGACGGGCAUCGCAGGGCUGGGCUUUUUGAGUACGGACGAAGGACAGGCGGUGCAGCAGAAGGCUUACGAAUCCAUCAUGGAUGCGUAUGACGGCAAUGUAGAGGAGGCAUGGGAGAAGUGCUUGCUCGAGGAGCGGGCCGAGUACGUUGUUGCACUUGUACGGGAGAUGCUGAGGUACUACUGCGCAAUCCAGUUGCUGCCGCCAAGGCAGACAUUUAAGGAGAUGGAGUAUCAGGGUGUGCGCAUCCCCAAGGGUGUUACGGUGUAUAUGAACGCACAGGCUAUUAACCAUGAUAAGACUGCUUACGGACCAGAUGCUCAUAUAUUCCGCCCAGAGCGUUGGUUGGACGCUGACAACAAGUUCAAAGUCCCAGCUCCAUACCACUAUUCAUACGGCGCCGGGUCCAGAGCAUGCACUGCGGUCGCUCUUUCGAACAGGAUCUUAUAUGCGGCGUUCGUGAGACUCAUCAUCCACUUCAAGUUCACAGCCAGCAAGGAAGCACCUCCCACGACUGAUUACAUUGACUUCAACGAAAACCGAAAGGAUGCAUCGGUUCUGCCGAAGAGAUUCAAGGUGAAGCUGGAGGAGAGGGAGCCAAGGGAAAUUCUCGAGAGGAACCUGGAGCAGAGCAAGAAGGCAACGGCCCACUUGGUUCUUGCGUGA